UGCCCCCCCCCCCCCCCCCCCCCCCCCUCACAGGGUGAGAGUGAGUUUGCCCGCAUCAUGAGUGUGGUGGACCCCAACCGCAUGGGCGUGGUCACCUUCCAGGCCUUCAUCGACUUCAUGUCCCGCGAGACGGCCGACACGGACACGGCGGACCAGGUCAUGGCGUCCUUCAAGGUCCUGGCGGGUGACAAGAACUACAUUUUAGCAGAGGAGCUGCGGCGAGAGCUGCCCCCCGACCAGGCGGACUACUGCAUGGCCCGCAUGGCCCCCUACACGGGCCCCGAUGGCGUGCCGGGGGCCCUGGACUACAUGUCUUUUUCCACCGCUCUGUACGGCGAGAGCGACCUUUGAACUCUCUGCUUUGACCACCGCUGUGUGCUCUUGACUCAUGUCGCUGCGUCCCCCCCCCCACCCCCUAUUUUUUGUUUUUCUACUCUCUGGCCUUAUUCUUUGUUUUUGGUCCUCUGGCUCCUCCCACAAGCUGUGUCCCUUCUAUUUGCUUCCCCACGCCAAGCUGCAGCUCUCUGGGUCUUUUCCACGCCGGGAGAAACAAACAUGUUUGCUUUUUUGUUCCUCAUCCUUGUUUGUCUUCAUAAAUGAAUAAAGUCAACAUAUUUUAUUAUACUGAACAAAAAAGGUAUUUUUCUUCACCUGAUUGAAUGCAAAGAGACAAACAUUGUAAUAAAAACAAAUUGCUAUCACA